AUGAGUGAUGAUGACUUUUUUCAAGAUAAAGGUAGUUGCUCAUUGCAAUAUAUUAAAUGUAAAACAAGUACAAAAAUAGAUGAUAUAUUAAAAAGGCGAAGAGAUAAAAAAAUUAAAGAGGAGGAGGAGGAGGAGGAACAGGGCAAUUACUCAAGAGGAGGUACCUUAUUGAAAUUUCAGAAAAAUGAAAAUACUGGUGUAAUAUUUAAUAUCGGUAAGGGGAACAACAACGAUGGUAAGAGUAUAAAUGAGGAUAGAAGGAGUGGCAGUAGGAGUGGCAGUAGGAGUAGCAGUAAUAACGGUGCUAGUAACGGAAGCAAAAUAGGUAGUCGUAAUGGAAGUAGUAACGGAAGCAUUAGCGAACAUAGAGAGAGCUCAGAAAAGCACUGUACAAAUAAAGAUGGUAAGAAGUUGUUAUCAUUUAACAACUCGAAUAAGUACGAAAUGAAAGAAUAUUCUUCUAAGGGCAAUAGUUUCAAAAGAACAUAUAACAAAUACUAUUCAGAUAAAAGUAUAUAUGAACAUAAAAAUGUGAACAAUUAUUCGAAACAAUGUUAUUCUAAUAUAUAUAAUAAGGAUGAAGGCAAAACUAUAGGGAAUUAUUCCCAAGAUGGUAAACAUUAUAAUACCAUGGACGAUAUAAGAACAAGUGCUGUAGAUAAUGAUACAUUACAUGAUAAAAUGUUGAAAAAAGAAGUAAAAAGCUGUAAUAAUAUAUCGACAUUUCAAAUUGCAAAUAGUAAAUUAAUGCAUGUAAAUUCGUUAGGAAAUCUACGGGAUUAUGAAAAUAAUAGAAGCGGUAGUGGUUAUCUUAAAAACGUGUAUGAAGAGAAAGAAGAAGAUGUAAAUAUUUAUUUAAAAAACAAUCUAAACGUUCUUAAAACCCCUAGCACUGAACUAAUUCUAAAUAGAAUAAAAAGUAAUGACGAUAGGGACUAUAAAAAGGGAGAUAACUGCCCAAAAGACUACGAUGUUGAUGAUGAUGAUGAUGAUAGCAAGGAUGGGCUUUUUACGAAUUUAAACAAGAUAUACUUAAAUGAUGUAGAUAUAAAUAAAACACCCACGAAGAGUUUUUCAAGAAGCUAUUUUGAAUAUUUAAAAUUCGAAACAGCGGGAAAAAUGAAUAUGAGCGAGUUAGAAACACCUGCAAAUCUAAAAGACGAAAAAGAAGAAGAUACUACAAACACUCCGUUUAUAACAUACUACUUGGCUGGGAAAACUGUGAAUAGUCAGGUAAGUGAGGAGGGGAAAAAUGAAGGAGAUGGAUUACGAGGUAACCCUUAUGAUAUCGAAAAGAUGUGUACUACCAACAAAGAAACUGAAAAUGUGUCUAGUAGUUAUCUUUUGAAUCAUUCUAAUACGUAUGAUAGAAAAAGUUUAAAGCAUUACGAUUUGCAAAAAAAAGUAGACAUCAUAAGAGGAGGGGGAGAACCUUUCAAGGACAAUGAAAAGAUCAUUUCCAAUGAAAAAUUCCUAGCAUGUGCUGGAGAUAACAACGACAACGACAACGACAACGAUACACGAAAUAACAAUCAUGUUGCUUGUAACAGGGAUUUAUGUGAUGGUGAUAUUUUUAAUAAAACGUUUAGUUGUUCAAAAAAAUACAAUUUUAUAAAAACGAAAGAGGAAUAUGAGGCUAUGCUUAAAGAUAAGGAGACCACAAACGGGCUGCACGUGCAUGCAAGCAGUAGGAAAAUCCUGUCGAAUAAUUAUAACAAGAAUAGCAAUAAAAGCAGCAAUAAUGUUAGCGGUAGUGGUAAUGAUGUCAGUUUUACUGAUAAAUACUUCUCCUUUAACCCGUAUAAUAUAAUGAAUACAAAAUCUUUUAAAGCCGAUUUUUUUAAGGAGUCAAAGGGUAGUAACAAGGGAAGUAUUGAAUUUGCUCCUAAAUGUAAGAGCGAAUUGCUAUGUUAUGGGGUUCAGGAUAAAAUGGAUUCUGAAGAGGUAUGGAAAGGCAUUCAACCUUUAAAUUCGGGGAAGGUGAACCAUCACAGUAAGUUUAAUGAAGAGAAUAACGUUAAGAUAGAUGGUAUCUAUUCAUUCUCAUUUAAUACAAAAAAACCUAAUGAUGAAGUGAGUCACGAUAGUAUUUAUAGAGAUACAACAUUAGUCAGUGAAACCUUGAGGAAACGAGCGAAUAUCGAUGAUCUGAGUAAAGCUCUUACUACGACUAGAAGUUACAGUGAUAGAAAUAUGAAGGACUCUCGUGUUAAGAUAUACAGAAAUUCAGGCACAGAUGCUAACACUAUGGGUGACUCUAACCCCUUUAAUGAUUUAAAGGGGGGUGGAAAUUAUACAGAUGCUCCUGGCAAAGAAAAUGAUGAAAAAAAUGGUGUAGAAAAUGGAGAAGAAAAUGGAGAAGAAAAAUAUGAUCAGUGGUACAGUGACAAAAUAAGGAACGUAGAACAGUGCAUUAGUGAAAGUAAAAAAUAUAUAUUUAAAAAAGAAAACAUCACGAAUGAUGGAAGUGCAUUAGAUAAGGGGGAACAACCUCAACCAGUAGGUGUGGAGGAUGUAUUCCUUGCAGUAAGCGCAGGGAAUUGUGAGAAUAUCCACAAUAUGUACCAUAGGAGCAACGGAAGGAUCGACAAGAACGGCAUGAAUGCCAUUGGCAGCUUCGAUGCGAACGUUGUCAAUGUUGGAUUUGACCGAAACUAUGACGGGUAUAAUCACCUAAAGGAGAGUGGAGAAAGGAAAUUCUAUUCGAAUAAUUAUGAAAAGGUUCUAAGUAAGAGUCGAUAUUGUGACGAUCUAGGAAACGUGAUAAAUAAUCCACAAGAGAAAAAAAAUAUGACCAUAGAUAUUAGUAGAAUUAAUAAAGGAAUUCAUUACGUGAAUAUGCAUGUAAAGGAUGACAAGGACAUUAUUCAACAAGUGGAUGUACAUGGAGGAGAUAAUAAAAUAUAUAAAAAAGGAUCGAACGAUUCUGUAGAGAAUGAAUAUGCCAUAUAUAAUAACGGAAUGAAUGAUAACUAUUGCUUAAAUAUGCAUGAUGAGUUAAACUUAAAAGGAAAAAGGAUAUUUUCAGUAAAUGAGGUAGGCAGUAUGAACAGUAACAUAAACUGUAAUUAUCAUAGUAUUAAUAAUUAUAAUAAUAAUAAUAAUAAUAAUAAUAAUAAUAAUAAUAAUAGUGCUACUAUCGAUCAUUCAAUUCAAAAUGUGAUGAACGAACACAAGGAUGGUAAAAUACCCCCUUAUAAUAUUGCUAGCUAUAAUAAUGCUGGUUAUAAUACUGCUAGUGUAGACAAGAAAGAGGGUUUGAGUAAUAUAUGUAAUAUGUGUAAUAUAAAUAAAGAAGUAGAUGAUGCAAAAAUAAUCAAUUUUUGCAAUGUUUGUGUAGGAGGAAAAGAAGCUUACUCAUGUAUAAACAAAAAUCUUACAAACGAGUUAUGCGAAACAGCAGAUUUUGGAUGCAAGGAAAACAGUGACACAUAUGAAUUCAGAAAUGAUGAUAACACCAUUAGAAUAAUAAGUGGUAAUAGUAGUGGUAGUCGAAACAGCAGUAUCAACAACAAUUAUAAUAAUAAUAAUCAUAAUCGUAAUAAUCAUAAUAAUAAUAAUCAUAAUAAUAAUAAUCAUAAUAAUAAUAAUCAUAAUAAUAAUAAUCAUAAUAAUCAUAAUAAUCAUAAUAAUAAUAAUCAUAAUAAUAAUAAUCAUAAUAAUUACCAUUUGCAGAACGGUGAGAUGGUCAAUGGAAAUAAUUUAAGGCAGUGCUGGUUUGAUUACAUGAAUAGAAAUAUUAAUAACAUAAGUGCGGAUGAUAUAAAAAGUAUGCUCUUUCAUAAUAAUACUCAAAGCGUGAAGAAAGAAAAUGGCGCAUUACCAAUUCACGUUUUUUCGAAAGACGGAAAUGAUGAAGCUUUAAAUGAAUUUAUCAUUCAACAGAUAAAGGGUAGCGUAAGUGAUGUUAUUGAAAAGAUGCUCAACAGUAAACAGAAAAAUGUGUUACAGAAAAUAAAUGACAUAGGUGUAGAGAGGAACAGAAAUGCAAACGAAUCUUUCUCAAUACUUCAUGGUGAUACCAGCGGAAGAGGAGAAGAAAGGUAUAACCUUACCAGUUGCACUAAUUGUCCAAGUGAUGAAAACGACCAUUUUGAAGGGGAGCGUGAGCAGGAGCAGCGGAAGGGGAUGCAGCAGAGGAUACGGAAGAGGGUACAGAAGGAGAACGAACAAAGCAAGGAUGAAGAGACAAUAUGUACAAGUACUAAUAAACUAAAAUGUGGAAACAGUGACGGUAACAAUGAAGAUAAUAAUGGACUUAAUAACAGAAGUGAUGGUAAGAGCAAAGGGAUUUCUUCCCCGACAGACGAAGAAAAAGUAGAAACAGAAUGCUCAUAUAAUCAGUGGGGAAAAGUAGAUUACGCAAAUGCGCCUAUAGAGGGAGGAGAAAUAGUGAAGAAGGAGGAAAAUAUAGACAUAUCAAAUGACAACAUGGUAAAGUUUAAUGAUGAGGACUAUCAAGAAAUUAAUAAACUAAAUAACCACCUAAAAAUGAGCAAGGUGAGUAAAAGAAUUGAAAUUAAGAAGGACGAAUUAGAGAAUAAAUAUAUUAAUUGGAAGAAUAUAUUAUACAACUGCAUUGAUAUAAUAUACUAUUUAACAAAUGAGAAUAAUAAAAAGAAUAAUAAAAUGAAUAGCUUAUUAAGCGAAAUAAAUAAUAUUAAUGAAUAUGAAAAGAAAAUCGAAUAUUUAAACAAAGAAAAUGAAAAACUAAGAGUCGAAAUAGUACAAAAAAAUGAAACAAUAAAAAUGAAGGAUAUUAAAGAGAGAACAAAUCUGAACAACAAAAUAACAGAACAGUUAAAAAAAAUUACAAGUUAUGAAAAAGAUAUAAAUAUAUAUAAAAAUAAAAUAAACAAAUUAAAUAACAAGAUAAUAUUUAAAGAUAACGAAGUUGAAAAGGUAACAAAACAGUACCAUGCUAUUUUGGAUGAAAUAGAAAAAUGCAAAAAAGAUGCGAACAAUGUUGUGAAGAAAAUGUUAAAUAAGAAGAGCACCAAUUUAAUGGAUAAGCAAUGUUUGGACAUUUCCAAAUAUUAUGAAAUUCAAAUUAGUACUCUUAACAAAGAGGUUAAAAGUUUGAGGGACCUUGUCAAAAGUGAGGCAAAGGAGAAAAUUAUAUUGACUAAAAGAGUUAAGUUAUUGGAGCUGAGGUGUGGAACUAAGAAGGGGGAAAAGGCGGGGCAUAACUCCGGCAGAAGUGGAAGAAGUGAAAGUAGAGGAAGUGAAAGAAGCGGAAGCAGUAAAAGCAACAGAAGUGAUACAAGUAGCAACAACAUAAGAAGACGCACUAAGUGUAGCGGAUGUAAUAUUAGUGACAAGGAGGAUGAAGUGCAAAGUAGGAAAAAAGGAACAGUGAAGAAGAAGCCUCCAGGGGAUGAAGAUUGCGCCAAGUUAUCAAGCGAAGAAAGAAGUUUAAAAAAGAACAAAAGCGAGAGAGGGAUAAGCAGCAGUUACGCAGAAAAAAAGGGAGAUGAAAAAAAUUAUGAUCUGAUAGAGGAAGGUAAGUACAAAAGGAUGUAUCAGAAUUUAGUGGAAGAAUUGAAUGAAAUGAAAAAAGAUUUUGAGAAUCAGAAUAUGUUACAUGCGAAAAAAAUUGAACAGUUGGAACAACAUCAAGAGAUACAAAAUAUUAAGAAUCAAUUAAAUGCAUCUGAAAAGAUUGUUGAAGUGUAUCAAAAUAUAUUCAGAGAAAAUGUGAAUUAUAUAAAGAAUGAUAAUUUGCAUAAAAUAGUUUAUAAUAAUGAAACAAUUGAUGAGUUCUCGUCCCAUGGCGCAAAAAAGAAUAGCUAUAUCAACGUAAGCACCUGUGCAAAAGAUAGCUGUAAUUUAACAAAUACUGAAAAUGUGAACAGUAGCACAAAUGUGAAUACAAAUAUAAACGGAAAUAUGAACACAAACAGGAAUAACUACGAUUAUUUGAGUGAAUGUAAUAACCUGUUUAUUCAAAAUACGGGUAUUAAAAUAAAUGGCAAGUCAUAUUACCACAAUUUAACAAAUUCCAGUGGGUCAGAAUUAACAAAGAAGGUGUCUCAUCUGUAUAAUGAUACUAGCAAACUUCUUAAUCUCCCCUAUGAUAUAAGUAGUAGCCUAGUGAACGCUGUUAACAAUAAUGGUAAAGUAAUAGAAAAUAAUAAUUACCUAAAUGAUUUUGUAAAAAUGUACAUAGAGAAUACCCCAAUGGAUGAAUUGCUUUGCGAUUUUAAAAAUGAUAUAAACGAAUUAAAAAAACAAAAUAAAACAAAACAAAACAAUUAUGAAAAAAUUUUUGACAAUAAUAGUAUGAAGGUGCUGUUCAACAAUUUAAUGAAUUAUGAAAAAGUUCAACUAAUUAAUAUAUUUGUAGAUAUUUGUAGUGAUUUAAAAACUGACAACAUAUUUGUUAUAGUUCAGUUUGUGAAAUUUUUAUCCUUUAUUGUGUAUAGACAGUUCCCCUUAUUCACUUCAUUUUAUUAUGAUGUUGCCUCAAUCGUUUCAACAAAUUCUGCAAAAUUUGAUGAAUGUAUAAAUAUUAUAAAAAAGUGGAAAAGUUGUUAUAUAAAUGGUCAAAAAUAUCAUAUUUUUAGAAGAAAUGUUUUAUUAAUUUUCCAAUCCGAUUUAAAAAAUGUUAAAAAAAGUGAGAUAGACAAUAAAUGCAUGGAUAUUAUGAAAACCCUUUAUCGAAAGAACUUGGAAAUGUCCAAGUACUCCAAUGAUUCGUUUGAAAAGGCGGAAUAUAUACUAAACAAACAUUCAAAAGAAAUUAUUAGUAAAAUUAUAAAAACGUACAUGAACCUUUACAACAUAGAAAAGAUCAGCAACAUCAUUUCGCACAUGAAUUCCAUGAACUCAAAGCUAAAAACACAGUCUUAUUUUAUUAGAUCCAUAUCGUCUUGUUUAAAUUUGAAUAAAACGGAUAAUUUUCAGGAGAUUGAAAAUAGAAUAAAGGAAUUAGCGGCGACAAAGGGAGUUAACGAAAAAAUAAAGAACAGAAUAAACGUAGAAGAAAUCGACGAAUAUUUGGCCGCUUACACAAUCAUGGGUACCCUAAAGAAAUACUUGAACAUUACGCUUACUAAGGAUCUUUUGCCGUCUAUAUCAAAAAUCAUUCAGAAAAAUAAAUCAUCCUUAUGA